AUGGAAUUGUUAGUAAGUCUGUAAUGAAACUCUUAAGAGUUUUAUCAUCCCAAACGAUCUAAUUGCAGAGGGGGAAUUCAACGUCGUACUAAGGUGACUGUUCCGUCAGGGCAAGCAGUUCGGUUUGUCAGGCAGAACGAUUGCCUCCUCUCCCCACCUGCAGUUUUGGGGUUCUCCUGACACCCCACCCCUGAGCCAAUUUCAGGGACAUAGGGGAGGGAUAAACCCUGAUGCGUAAACAUAAGCCCUUGUGUAGGGCUUCCAUUGAUGGGACUCAUUAACUGAAUCCCACCCAGAGUUGUACUGCAUAGUAAAUUGCAAGAUACAUGAAAAGUUGCAGUGCUUUUUAGGGUAAUAAAUAUUGAGAUCUUUUUCUACCCUUUCGUCACCUUGAUCCCAGGCCCUAAGGAAGUCAGACUAUCCUCCACCAGGGCCAGCGCUUUUUCAGUGAUGGCUCCGACCUGGUGGAAUGCUCUGUCCCAUGAGACCAGGGCCCUUCAGGAUUUAACUUCCUUCCACAGGGCCUGUAAGACAGAGCUAUUCCGCCAGGCCUUUAAUUUGAAUUCAGCCUGAUCUUUUAUUUCCCUUCUCUUCCCUCCCCCUUCCCUUUGAUGAAGAUCACCUGCUCUGAGACCCCACAGCUAAUUCUCCCCUGGCCUCCUUGCUGGCCCAAGUAGGACCAAUUCAGCCAGCUAGCCCUGGGGAUUAUCUAAUUGAGUUUUGAUUUUAUUGUUAUUCAUGUUUUUAUACUGUAUUUUAUGCUGCUUUUAUAAUUAAGUGUUUUAAAGUGUUUUAAAUUUGUUGUUAGCUGCCCUGAGCCCGGUUUUUGAACCGGGAAGGGCGGGGUAUAAAUAAUUUAUUAUUAUUAUUAUUAUUAUUGAUGUGCUUUUAUGUAUAGGGCCAAAUCUGACCAGCUCUCCAGUCUUGCUAAGGUCAUGAGCAUAGUUUUAGAGACCUUUGCUUUGGUGCAAGCAAAACAGCUAGAAUUUUCCUCUUAUGCAGAGAGCUCUGCACAUUGCUUGUCAGUGCAAUUGUACGAAAUAGUUUCCAGGCUUCAGGGAACAAUUUCCACAGUGGUGGCCUUUCUGCCAUGAAGCCCCUACACGUUUUAGAGGAUUCCAGGACAUGUUGCAGAGUGCACACUCAUUUCACGUUAGGCACUAGUCAUACUUUAUGGACGUCCUUGUUGCCCUGCGUGAAGUUGAGCCGAGGCAACACUCAAAACUUCUCUGUAGCUGCUCAUGGCAAGGGAAGGUUUAGAGAGUAUUCAGACAAGCUGUGGUUUAUUAUUUAUUAAAUUUAUAUACCACCCUCCAUCUGAGAAUCACAAGGUGGGUUGGACACAGUUUAAAAGGCACUGAUACACAAAGGAUAGAAAACAUAUUGAGCUGCCUUAUAACAAGACAGACCUAGCUCAAUAUUGUCUCCAGAGGUGACUAACCUCUAGACCUCCAGAUGUUGCUGGACUAGCUUCCAUCAUCCCUGAUGAUUGGCCAUGGUUGCUGGGGCUGAUGGGAGUUGUGGUCCUCCCAAGUUAGCAAUCCCUGAUCUAUAGUGACUGGUAGUUGGACCAGGGCCCUUAUUCAUGCAAACCUUGAGCUUUGCUACUAAGCAACGAUUCUUCCGUUCUGUGAGUCAAUCAAGAACAAAGUUUUCAAUGAUAUCUGUCCUCAAAGGAUCAGUUUGCUGCAGGGGUUGAAUAGCAGAGUUUCUGGUUUCUAGAACAUAUUUAGGGGGCUCCCGUAGAGAGGAAAGGGGAAGGAAGUCCCCUUAUGCACAAAUCCUUGUGCUGGUGGGACCGUAACUUCACUGCUUUAGAUGCAACCUCAGAUUCUGAAACCAGGCUUGGCGUUAAAGCGACUAGUGUGAAUUAUUCAAAUAUUUUUGAAGCAAUUGCAGAAUGCAUCAUGGACUCAGUUACCCUGUGGGCUCUUUUUGUGGGAAAGAGAGAAAGAAGACAAUUCCUUGUUAAUUCUGUUGCUUUGUCAAUGUUCAGGCCAGAGAAGUCUCGGUGGGAGAUCCUACAACAGGAGCAGAAGCUUAUGGAAGAAAAGAACAAGCGCAAGAAAGCUCUCCUGGCUAAAGCAAUAGCGGAAAGGUGUGAAGAAUCUUUGGGUGUAAUAUUUGGGCAGGCCAGAGGAACACAAUACCUAUUUUCCCCGAAUUGUGUUGCUGCAUCUUAACAAACCCUGCCGGCCUUGUUUUCUCAGAACUACCACAAAGUGUUUUUCCUCUGAAUAUCAAUAAGAAUUCCAACCAGUUACAGUUUGGAAGGUGCAAGCUGGAUUGAAAAGUGUUUGCUGUUCCUCUCCUUUUAACUUUUAUUUUUUUUUUUUUUUUAAAGCAAUUUAUUGGGUUUUACAAUAGGAAUAAAUGUAAUAAACAAAAUAACAUUCGUCUUGACAUAAUUUCACAUUUUCUUUGGACUUCCUCACAUCUCCCGCUCCCACCUUCAUCAUUAUAACAUUUUGUCAGCAAUUUAUCAUCUUAUUUAAAUUCUUGUAUCUCUUCGAUAAUUCAUAAUCCUAUAGUUCUCAUAAAGAGUUAAACUUUCACAGUCUUACUUAUUUUCUUAAAAACUUCUAAGUUAAGUGGUGGUCAGUUAUUUAGUCAAGCAUCUUAUUCAGCAUUCAGUCAAAUCACAAUGUUUUUGUAGAUAGUUCUUAAAUUUCUUCCAAUCCUCCUCGAUUCUCUCUUCUCCCAGGUCACGGAUUCUGCCAGUCAUUUCAGCCAGUUGCAUAUAGUCUAUCAGUUGCAUCUGCCAUUCUUCCAGUGUGGGUAAAUCUUGAGUUUUCCAAUGUUUUGCGAGUAGUAUCCUUGCUGCUGUUGUUGCAUACAUAAAAAAUGUUUGGUCCUUCUUUGCCACCCCUUGGCCGACAAUACCCAAAAGGAAAGCCUCUGGUUUCUUAGUGAAAGUAUAUUUAAAUACCUUUUUCAAUUCAUUAUAAAUCAUUUCCCAGAACGCCUUCACUUUAGGGCAGGUCCACCAGAGGUGAAAGAACGUUCCUUCACACUCUUUACAUUUCCAGCACUUGUUAUCAGACAGGUGGUAAAUUUUUGCAAGUUUGACUGGGGUCAUAUACCAUCUAUAAAUCAUUUUCAUUACAUUUUCUUUCAAAGCAUUACAUGCAGUAAAUUUCAAUCCAUUACUCCACAGCCUUUCCCAGUCCUCAAACAUAAUAUUAUGCCCAAUGUCCUGCGCCCACCUUAUCAUAGCCGAUUUAACCGUUUCAUCUUGUGUAUUCCAUUCCAACAGCAAGUUAUACAUCCUUGAAAGUAUCUUAGUCUUUGGUUCUAACAAUUCUGUUUCUAAUUUCGAUUUCUCCACCUGGAACCCUAGUUUCUUAUCAUUUUUAAAAACUUCUUUAAUCUGAGCAUAGUGUAACCAAUCUCGCACUUUGUCUUUCAUUUUCUCCAAACUCUGCAAUUUCCAAUUGUCUCCAUCUUUUCUAGUAUUUCCCAAUAUUUUGGCCAUUUGGCCUCCAUAUUGGGUCUUUUUCGGCCUUAGCUUCCAAAGGUGAAAGCCACCUUGGUGUUUUAUUUUCCAGCAAGUCUUUAUAUUUUGUCCAGACAUUAAACAGUGAUUUUCUAACAAUAUGGUUCUUAAAGGCCUUAUUUGCUUUAACUUUGUCAUACCAUAAAUAUGCAUGCCAUCCAAAAACAUUGUUAAACCCCUCCAAAUCCAACACAUCAGUGUCUUCAAGAAGUAGCCAAUCUUUUAGCCAGCAGAACGCUGCGGCUUCGUAAUACAACUUUAAGUCCGGCAGGGCAAAGCCCCUCUUUGUUUUGCAUCAGUUAGUAUCUUAAACUUAAUUCUGGGCUUUUUGCCCUGCCAGACAAACUUCGAAAUGUCUCUCUGCCACUUCUGAAAGCACUCCAUUUUGUCCAAAACCUGAAGUGUUUGAAAUAAAAACAACAUUCUUGGCAAUACAUUCAUCUUAAUCGCAGCAAUUCGGCCUAACAAAGAGAGUUUCAAUUUUGACCAGCUGUCUAAGUCUCUCUUAAUUUCUGUCCAACAUUUUUCAUAAUUAUCCUUAAAUAGACUUAGAUUUUUGCUGUUAUGUUAACCCCUAGGUAUUUUACUUUUUUAACCACAUUAAGUUCCGUCUCAUUCUGAAACCGUUCUGACUCUGUAUCUGUCAAAUUUUUCCCCAGAACCUUAGUUUUCUGUUUAUUUAAUUUAAAUCCAGCCACCCGACCAAAAUCAUUUAUCAGUUGUAAUACUCUUUUCGUACUGGGCUCUGGCUUCUGCAGGGUCAAAACCAGGUCGUCUGCAAAAGCUUUUAAUUUAUAUUGUUUCUGACCAACCUGAAUUCCUUCCACCAACUGGUCCCCUCUAAUCAUGUUCAAUAGCACUUCCAGGACCGAAAUGAAUAACAAAGGGGAAAUAGGGCAACCUUGUCGUGUCCCUUUUUCAAUUUUGAACUCUUCUGUAACCACAUUAUUAACUAUCAGUUUUGCUUUCUGUUCUGAAUAUAUCGCCUCAAUCCCAUUCUCAAAACCCCGUCCCACUCCCAUCUCUUUUAAGUUUCCCAUCAUAAAUUUCCAAGAAAUGUUAUCAAAGGCCUUCUCCGCAUCUAUAAAAAUUAAAACUGCUUUUGUAUUUAUGUCAGUUUGAAGAAGUUCCAAGAUAUCAAUAAUGUUCCUUGUGUUAGCAAACAAAUGUCUACCUGGGAGAAAACCGGCCUGGUCCUUAUGAAUUACUUAAUUUAAAACUAUUUUUAAAUCUACUUGCCAAAAUAUCUGCAAAUAUUUUGUAAUCCACAUUUAAAAGGGAGAUGGGACGGUAGUUCUUCAGUUGUGUCUUUUCAGUUUCUGACUUUGGUAUCAAUGUGAUAAACGCUUCCUUCCACGAAUCCGGUGCCCUCUUCCCUCCAUAAUUUCAUUACUAACCUCCAUCAAGGGUUGUAUCAAAUAGUCUUUUAGUGUCUUGUAAUACUUGGAGGUCAGCCCGUCUGGCCCUGGAGAUUUGCCAAGUUGCAUGUUCUGAAUAGCUUGUUCAAUCUCCUGUCGUGUUAUUUUAGAGUUCAGGAUUGUCCUAUUUUCUUGUGACAGUUUAGAUAAUCCGUUUUUUGCCAAAAAUUGUUUAAUCUCGACUUCAUCUUGCGGCCCUUGGGUAUAUAAUUUUUUAAAAUAUCUCUGGAAACACUUUCUAAUGUCCACUGGAUUCUGAAUGUUUCUUCCAUCGAUCUCUAAAUUUGUAACCGUAUUUAAUCUUUGUCUUCUCUUCAACUGCCAGGAUAGCAGUUUUCCGCAUUUAUUCGCCGACUCAAACGUUUUUUGUUUCAUUAAUUUAAUCUUCCAUUCAAUUUCAUGAUUUAUCAAUUUAGAAUAUUGUGUUUGAUACAGUUUAAUUUCUCUCAGAGUUGGCUGUGACUUUGGGUUCACUCUUAAUUUCUUCUCUAAUUCUUUUAUUUUGUCCAAAAUCUUAUCUUUUUUCUCAUUUUGUGUUUUUUUCUUCACUACAUUCUGUUGUAUCAGGAAUCCCCUCAUGACAGCUUUGCUUGCGUCCCAGACGAUUCUUUUUUCCACCGAAUUGUUCAUGUUUAUCUCGAAAUAGUCUUUCAAAACUUUUUGGGCCUUCUUGGUAAUUUCCUGAUCUCUAAACAAAUUGUCAUUCAUCUUCCAUCUAAAGGAUCCAGUUGGUAGUAGUGUCAUAUCCAUCUUUACUGCAUUGUGGUCAGAGCAGGUCUUUGGGCAGAUUUCCACUUUUCUAACCCUAGGUGCCAGGCCUCUAGAGAUCCAUAUUUGGUCGAUUCUUGUCCAGGUCAGUUGGGCUUCAGAAAAGAAUGUUCCUUCUCUACCUAGUGGGUUCUUUGUUCUCCAAAUGUCGAUCAAGUCCAUAUUGUCAGUCAUUUCAAAAAAGGUUUUAGGUAGUCUGCCGUCUUUUGUAAUAUUUUGACUUUGCGACUUGUCCAUGUUAGUUGACACAACUCCGUUCAUGUCUCCCAUCAUUAUGAUGUUGUUGUAAUCCAGAUGAUCCAGCAUUGUCCCCUGCAACUUCUUGUAAAAUUCCGAUUUCCCUUCAUUGGGCGCAUAAAUUCCUAAUAUCAGCAGUUUCUCUCCUUGAUAUUGUAUCUCAAUAGCCAAAAUCCUUCCAUGUUCAUCUUUAAAUAGAAAUUUAGGUGACAGGCUCUCUUUUGCAUAUAUCACCACUCCUCUCUUCUUCACUUUAUCCGACGAAAUAAAUUCCUUUUAACUUUUAACUACAGUGGUACCUCAGGUUACAGAUGCUUCAGGUUACAGACUCCGCUAACCCAGAAAUAGUACCUCGGGUUAAGAACUUUGCUUCAGGAUGGGAACAGAAAUUGUGCUCCGGCGGCAGCGGGAGGCCCCAUUAGCUAAAGUGGUGCUUCAGGUUCAGAACAGUUUCAGUUUAAGAACGGACUUCCGGAACGAAUUAAGUACGUAACCAGAGGUACCGCUGUAUAAUCAUGACUUCAUUCCAUUGGGUUCUGUUGAACAAAAUGGGAUGUAAAUUCAUGAUAAAGUUUGGAAUCAUGUUGUAAUAAGGAACUUAUAAGAUGCCAAUCACCCAUCUCCUACUACCCUUCUCAGAAAUACCCCACUCCACCCUUCCACUAUAUAUAAGGGUCUGGUGACUUCUGUUUCAGAGUAUCUGAAGAAGUGUGCAUGCACACGAAAAGCUUAUACCCAGAACAAACGUGGUUGGUCUCUAAGGUGCUACUGGACAAUUUUAUAAGAUGCUGUUAUUCAUGUGAAAAGAUCCAGGUUGAGCUUCUUGGCUUUGUAGAAGAGCUCUUGAACAAAUUCUCUGUAGAAGUUGAAUGAAAAAGUGGUAAGACAGUUUGCUUAUACUUAGUAUAAUCUGGUUAGAAGUCAAAUAAAGUUUCCAGGGGGAUUGGUAGCUUUGCAGGGGGUAUAAAACCUGCUGAACCGUAGGUGAUUUCAAACGCAACCUGCAUGUCUUGAAACCUUUCUCCAUAAAGCCUGGCCAGUCUCAUCCUUUCAUUAAAAUAAAGAUAAAAAGGGAGUUUUUCUGGCAUCCUGGUCCGUUCUUUGUUUGGAAAGCCCAGGCUUUUUUUCCUGCUGUAUACCGUAUUUUUCGCCCUAUAGGACGCACCGGCCCAUAGGACGCACCUAGUUUUUUGGGGGGGAAAUCAAGGAAAAAAUUUUUAUCCCCCCCCCCCAGGUUUGCGCAGCCAUCCCCAAGCUAGAAGAGGGAGACGGAACGCUCCGUCUCCCUCUUCUGCCUUCAGGGACAGCCUCUCUAGCCUCCGUGGGGCAGCGGCUUGCCCCGCUGUCCCCCGAGUUUGUGGGGCUGGUGGGGGGAGAAGCAAGCUUGCUUCUCCCCCCCGCCAGCCUCCAGAUCAGGUCAGGGAAUAACGGGGUGGCGGCGCUGCGCCUCCCCGCUGUCCCCCGAGCUUUUGGGCUGCAGGCUGCUGCCCGCAAGACUUGCGGAUAGCUUCCUGAAGCCUGGAUAGCGAGAGGGAUCGGUGCGCACCGACCCCUCUCGCUCUCCAGGCUUCAGCAAAAGCCUGCAUUCGCCCCAUAGGACGCACACACAUUUCCCCUUCAUUUUUGGAGGGGAAAAAGUGCGUCCUAUAGGGCGAAAAAUACGGUAAAUGAAGAAAAAACACAGCUCUUAACAUUCCUGAGAAGUUUUAACAAGUCUUUCUUACUGAAAUACAUGGUAACUUAUAAUGGCACGUCACCAACGGAUACGGUCUCUUUCUUCCCCAGAUCCAAAAGAACUCAGGCUGAAACAGUGAAGUUGAAGCGGAUUCAAACCCAGCUCCAAGCUCUGGAUGACAUGGUGUCUGCUGAUAUUGGGAUCCUGAGAAACAGGAUUGACCAGGCAAGCCUGGAGUAUUCAUGCGCUCGGUAAGGACUAAGCACAGAAUAAGAGAUUGACGCGUGAGGAAAGUAUUCACUUCUACAGCAGUGGCGACAAAUACACGCCCUGGGUUUUUGGUUGUCAUCCCAAAAAGACACUUUAAAGUUCCAUUAGUAUAUGGACACUUGUCUGUUUAGCUGGACUUAGCCUCCUUCUCUGUUCCCACUCCCCCAAUCUGCUCUUCAUUUCCCUGGAGCAGGUUUUUUUGGGAGGGGGGCAAUGGGAGAGGAGCAGGAGAGGGAGAGGAAGUCUCAUGUACAAAUGGAAGUCCUUGUGCUUUAUUGUGCACAAUCUAUAUUAAAAUCAUUGAUUAAAAUGGAUUUAAAAUUCUGUAGAAUAGCUGAUGGGAAACAGCUUGGGAAGGCAGCCUUGAGAACAGCAGCUCUCAUCACACCCACAUUUGCACGAGGGUUGACCAUGGGUCAGUGUGGCUCAUGGCCUGAGAAAGGUGGGCGACCAUGGGGUCCUUUCUUACAAGGAUAGUUGGAGGAAUAGUGAUAACGGUCAUACCUGUUUGCCUUUCAAAGCUUUUUCUUAGCUGGUCCCGCAUGUAGUGCUUCAGAUAUUCAAUUCCAGUCUUGAAUAUACCAGUUAUGAGGCUUUAACAUAAUAGAUUUGAUUAUGUUGUCUCUGCUUCCAGUUUUUAUCCCAUUUUCUUCAGUCUGCUGAGUAAUUUUCUUGUGCAGAUCAAGUAGUUUUGGUUUUGAGUAGUUUUGUCGGAGAGCUAUUUAAUAGUGGAAUGAACUACAGUCAUACCUCGGGUUGAAGUUGCUUCAAGUUAAGCCUUUUCGGGUUGUGCUCCACGGCGACCCGGAAGUAACGGACCGCGUUACUUCCGGGUUUUGCCGCUUGUGCAUGCGCAGAUGCUCAAAAUGACGUCACGUGCAUGCGCAGAAGCGGCGAAUCGCGACCUGCGCAUGUGCAGAUGCACGGAUGCAGGUUGCGUUCACUUCAGGAUGUGAACGGGGCUCCAGAACGGAUCCCGUUCCCAUCCAGAGGUACCACUGUACUUUGAUGCUGCUGCUGCUGCUGCUGCUGCUAAUAAUAAUAAUAAUAAUAAUAAUUUUUAUUUAUAUCCCGCCCUCCCACAGCCACAGCCAGACUCAGAGCGGCUAACAUCAUACAAGGAAAACAAUGCAUAAAAACAAGUGAUCAAUAAAUUAAGAUACAUCCCACAAUUACUUCAAAAAAAUUAAAAUUAAAACUGGACAAGUGGCAAUCUUCAGGUUAAAACUGAAGGCGGUUACCAACUGUUUCCACUGAUGUUAUAAGCACCUGUGAGCAGGCUGGGAACCUCCUUCGUGCUUGUUCUUAUACAAGGAGAAAAUGAGUCAGACUGAACCCUGACCAAAGGCCUGGCGGAACAGCUCCAUCUUGCAGGCCCUGCAGAAAGAUGUCAGAUCUUGCAGGGCCCUGGUCUCUUGUGAGAGAGCAUUCCACCAGGCCGGGGCCACGGCUGAAAAGGCCCUGGCUGUGGUCAAGGCCAGUCUGAUCUCUCUCGGGCCCGGAAUCUUUAGAAUGUUGUUAAACCACAGAGCCUAGGACUUGCCGAUCAGAAGGUCGGCGGUUCGAAUCCCCGUGACGGGGUGAGCUCCUGUUGCUCAGUCCCUGCUCCUGCCAACCUAGCAGUUCAAAAGCACGUCACAGUGCAAGUAGAUAAAUAGGCGGGAAGGUAAACGGCGUUUCUGUGCGCUGCUCUGGUUUGCCAGAAGCGGCUUAGUCAUGCUGGCCACAUGACCCGGAAGCUGUAUGCCAGCUCCCUCGGCCAGUAAAGCGAGAUGAGCGCCGCAACCCCAGAGUCGGCCACGACUGGACCUAAUGGUCAGGGGUCCCUUUACCUUUUUAAUGUCCUGUGUGGGGCAAACCAGAUAGAUGGUAGACUCUCCUUUGGAGGUUUUUAAACAGGGUUUGGAUGGCUAUCUGCCAGGGAUUCUUUAGCUUUGAUUCCUGCAUUGCAGGGGGUUGGGCUGGAUGGGGGUCCCUUCCAACUCUACAAUUCUGUGUUCCUGUCCGUAGAGCAGACAAAACUUCCCUAUUAAACGGUUGCUCUUUUAUCCCGCCUUCAGGAAGCGUUAUGACAAGGCAGAAGCCGAGUAUGUGUCCGCGAAGCUGGACCUCCAGAAGAAAACGGAAGUCAAAGAGCAGCUCACGGAGCACUUGUGCACCAUCAUCCAGCAAAACGAGCUUCGCAAGGCCAAUAAAUUAGAGGAGCUGAUGCAGCAGCUGGACGUGGAGGCAGACGAUGAGAAUCUGGAACUCGAGAUAGAGGUGGAGCGGAUGUUGCAGCAGCAGGAAGCGGAAGCGGCGAGGCAGAGGACGGAGUCCCAGAAGCCGGCUCUGGUUGGCGAGGAAAAUGCAACUUCCCCGGCUGCUGAUAAAGGACCUGAGAGUGAAGGCCGCACAGAUUCAGAAACAUUAGCAGAGCAGCCCACCGCUUCCCAUUCAAAUGGCGAAGGCCAAGCGGUAAACUCUGCUCCAGGGGAAACGACGGUUCAGGAUGGCACAUGA